GUGGUUCAGGUCUAUCAAAACAAACGAGAAAGGCAACAGCAAGCUGGCAGAAACCUGGAGAUCUGUUCUGUCGUGUGAGCAAGUAGCCCAGGUUUCGGAAGUCUGCAGCUAGCAAACACCUAGUGGAACAAGAGUAAACAGACGUUGUAUUCAAGUUCGAUUUUUGUAAAGCUUUUUUGUAUUUUCUUCAGUUUCAAGGCAGUGGGACAUGGCAGAGGGAGGCUUCGACCCGUGUGAGUGCAUUUGCUCUCACGAGCAUGCCAUGAGACGACUCCUCAACUUGCUCAGGCAGUCCCAGUCCUACUGUACAGACAACGAGUGCCUUCAGGACAUACCUGGCCCUGGUGGGCCCGUCUCUGAGGACCUGACCAUGCCCCUGGUGUUGCUAGGCUGGUUGGUUCUAGCUCUGGUUCUGUUCCUGCUGCGUCCAGCCAGCCUGCGAGGCUCUCAGCCGGCCGACAAGCCCAGCGGCCCCCAUAGCCACCCAGCCCCUCCAGCCCCCCCACUGGACUGAUGCUGGGGCCAGGAGAGCCGUGCUGCACCGACAUGCCCAGAACCAACGCUGCUGUUACCCUCUCUCCUGCCUCCUGCCAGACCCUGCCUCUCUCUUCUCUCUCCUGCCUCCCUCUCCUGCCUCUCUCUCCUCUCUCCUGCCAGACCCAACACUGCUGUUCCUCACAUCUCUCCCUGUAUCCUCUCUCCUGCCUUUUUCUCCUCUCUCCUGCCUCUCUCUCCUGCCUCCCUGUCUCCUCUCUCCUGCUUCCCUGUCUCCUCCUGCCUCUCUCUCCCUGUCUCCUGCCUCUCCCUGUCUCCUGCCUCUCUCCUGCCUCUCUCUCAUCUCUCCUGCCUCUCGCCCUCUCUCCUGCCUCUCGCCCUCUCUCCUGCCUCUCCCUGUUUCCUCCUUUCUGCCUCUCACUGUCUCCCCUCUCUUGUGUCUUUUGGCUCUGGCCUGAUCGGUAGUGGUAGGGGUGUAGAUGUUGCUGAGAAAACACGGCGCACAGAUCAAACAUUCCACAGUGAUGUCACAGUCCUGAAUCCUAGUGCCAGUGAUGUCAAAGUCCUAAAUCCUAGUGCCAGUGAUGUCACAGUCCUGAAUCCUAGUGCCAGUGAUGUCACAGUCCUGAAUCCUAGUGCCAGUGAUGUCAUGAUCUUGAAUCCUAGUGCCAGUGAUGAUGGGACAGAGAAGCUUGAUGUAGAAGGAAAAUGACUCACUUAAAGUAACAUUUUCAUUUUUUAAUCAAUUGCGCCAGUUUGAAAACUUCUAUAUAUAACAUUUUCUUUUAUGUUUACCAUAUUUCCCCUGAUUUCUCAGAAGUAGCUUUUCAUGUUAAGUUGAAAAGUAAAAAAGAUUAUAGUUACUUGGACACAAAUCAAGUUGUCCUAAAAUUGGGGGUGAAUAUAUUCAAACUUGGGUCUUCUCUUUUUAUAACUCUGUACUGGACUGUACCAUACCUGAAAUAGACUGUACCAUACCUGAAAUAGACUGUACCAUACCUGAAAUAGACUGUACCAUACCUGUGCAGAAAUGGUUGUAUAGUAAACCGAUGACAAAUGUAAUGUAGUUUGAGAUUAUACUCUUAAUAUUUUGUCAACACUUUUGUUAGCGUGUUUUCCUCUAUUAUGACUGUGUUGUUCUGGAUCUGUUGGUGUUAGGGUGUCAGAAUUGAAGAUGUUGGGCUUGGUCCCAAAGCCCUCAGAGAGCACCCUUCCUUAAGGUGGUUACAGGAGUGCAUGAAAAUGUGUACACCGUCUGAAUGGUUCCCUCUGACUGACUGACAGGGAACUCUGGGAGUCUGGUUCUAGUCUGGUCUGGGUUGGUUCCAGUCAUCAACCAAGGCUGUUGGUUUAUAGAAAGGGCUCAAACUAUGCACUUUUCCUUUUUAAAACAACAAAUAAACCACAGUAAUAUAAA